AGUACGAACAUGUCAACCGUAAAUCUAGAUUCUAAAACUCCAAAACGGUAUGUUAUUUGCAAAAGUUAAAGUUAUAACUCGCCGGGCUGCCGAAAUCAGAAGAAAAACUUAAUAUAUAUUUAUAUAUCUGAAAACUACGUUACGUAAGCUUUGUAAUGAUAUAUAAUUUGUCAAAAUCGGCCUAGAAAUGAAACUAUAAUUUAACAAAAUACGUGAGUGGGUACAUCAAAUUUAUAACCUCGGCGCUUCGAUAGAAGAUCGAUAGUUACGACACGGUCACGUGACUUAGACACAACAAGAUAUUUGGCGUAACGGUCCCGUUUCAUAUCCGUGUAAUCUAGAGUCCGUGUCAAAAUAUUAAAGGUAACGUUAACUGACAGAUGAAGAAAAACACAAGGUACUGACUUUCGACUGGAGUCCACCUGACCAACAUGUGUUCCCACGGUCAGGAACACACAAUCGCGCCUUUCAAUCUUCAUGGCUCAAGAAAUUUCCAGGACUCACAUACAGUGUGAAAGAGGAUGCAGCAUAUUGUGUGUAUUGUGUGACCUUUCCCGGCAGCAAACCCCGUGGACAACUGGUGUCAGAGCCAUUCCGAAAUUGGAAAAAUGCAUUGGAUAUACUAAAUGGACAUUUCAAUCCUGACGGAAAGAAACAUUCAAAGGACGGUGGAGCAGGAUAUCAGGCUCAUAGUAAUUCUAGAACAUUAUCUGAACAGUUCCUUGGUGUUUACAAAAACAAUGCACCAGUGAUUAAGCAGAUUGACACUGCAUUACGGGCCCGGGAAAAGAAAAACGCGACAGUUCUGGAAUCCAUUGCAAAAACUGUGCUGUUGUGUGCACGACAAAACUUGGCACUUCGUGGUGAUAAGGACUCUUCCAAAUACUUUGAGGACAAAGGCAUAAACUGUGGAAACUUUCAGGCUUUAUUAGAAUUCCGUGUAGAGUCUGGCGACACCAUUCUCAAGGAACACUUCGAGAGCUGUGGAAGAAAUGCGACAUAUAGAAGCCCAAAGAUUCAAAAUGAACUGAUAGACAUAAUGGGAAACACAGUAGAGAGGAAAAUUGUUAGUGAGAUCAAAAGUGGUGGACAAUUCUUUUGUGUGUCAGCUGACGAGGUCGGUGACAUGUCUAACAAGGAACAAUUAGCGAUAUGUGUAAGGUUCACAGAUGCACAUUCUACAAUUAGAGAGGAAUUUCUACGUUUCGUGGAUGUCAGCCCAGUCACUAGUGGUGAGGCCCUAUCCAAGGCGAUCCUAGAUGUACUCACCGACGUUGGCUUAGAUCCUUCUCUGAUGCGGAGUCAGUGCUACGAUGGUGCUGGAAACAUGACAGGAAAAACAAAAGGUGUCGGUCCUCGGAUCCAGGCUCAAUAUCCAAGAGCUCUUCCAUUCUGAUGCACCGCCCACCAACUGAACCGCUGUGUAGUCCAUGCGUCUGAUAGCACUCUUGUUCGAAACAUGAUGGGUACAGUUGACAGGAUCGCUGUGUUCUUUAACUACUCUCCAAAGCGUCAAACUUGUCUGGAGGAAUGCCGCUCUGCCCUUGAGGACACGGAAGAUAAACGGCAGAAAGUCAAGGCUCUGUGUCGAACUCGAUGGGUCGAACGGCAUGAUGCUCUUGAUAUUUUCAUAGACUUCCUUCCGGCUAUGGUGGACGCGAUGUCUGAGUUGAUGGAGGCUGAAACCAGGUCAACCACCUCUGCAGAAAUCUCUGGAUUUCUGAUGGCAAUCACCGGAUUCCAAUUCAUUGUUGUACUUGUGAUUGUGACUCGGUGUCUGAGUUACAUCAAGAACCUAACAGUUCUUCUCCAAGGCCGGUCUGUGGACGUAGUGAAGGCCAUGUUAGAGGUCAGUGUUGUGCAGGAUGCCAUCCAAGAUAUCCGCACAAACAUUGACACCUACCACGAGCUGUGGUUCAAGGAAACAACAACUAUUGCUGCAAAACUUGAUGUUCAACCAUCAAAGCCAAGAACCUGUGGUCGACAGACGAAACGGGACAACAUAGAGGCAGGAACACCAGAGGAUUACUACAAACGGAACAUGACUAUUCCAUUUGUAGAUUCAUUCCUCAGUGAGAUGAGCACAAGAUUCAGCGAACUCCAUUCAAAAGCUGCAAUGGGUUUAAAAGUGAUUCCAGACAAUCUGUGCAACAGUCAAACAACCAUCACAGCUAGUGACUUUGACUGGUUUGAAGAGGACCUGCCCUCCCCUCAAAGUCUACCGUCGGAGUUGCACCUGUGGAAGGCAAAGUGGAGAGGUAUUAGUGACCGCCCAACUACUCUGCAAGACUCCCUAAAACACUGUGAUGUAAAGCUAUAUCCAAAUGUAAGAACUGUGAUGGAAAUAUCAUGUGUUUUCCCUGUCACAUCGUGUGAAUGCGAGAGGAGCAUUAGUGCUUUAGGCUUAGUAAAAUCGAAGUUGAGAUCAAGCAUGGGCCAAGAUAGACUUUCUUCAUUGUGCCUACUGUCCAUUCACCGAGAAAUGGACAUCGACAUAAAGCAGGUUGUAAGAGAAUUUGCGAGGAACAAUCCUAGGAAAAUGGCACUUCCUGACCUGAUGUCAGAGUUAUAGACGAUUAUGGUGGUUUUUAUGGUGAAAACUGUUUUGUAUUUUCUCUUUGAAUUCAAACCUCCUCUAGAGUCAUACUUUAUGAUAUAUUUAUGUGAAAACUAUGUUGUCGAUAAUAAACAUUUUAUCAUGAAUUUACUUUGAAACACUAUAGAUUUGUUAGUGACUGACAUAUAACCAUUAUAGUAUUUUCAAACCACUUCUAGAGUCAUACUUUAUGAUACAUUUCUGUAAAAACUGUGUUGUAGAUAAUAAACAUUUUAUUAUGAAAUUACUUUGAAACUUCAGAGGAGGUUACCGUUUGAUUUCAAAGAGAAAAUUCUAUAUGGUUAUAUGUUAGUUACUGACAUGUAACAAUAAUAGUGUUUUCUCUUUGAAUUCCAACCUCCUCUAGAGUCAUACUUAUGAUACAUUUAUGUGAAACUGUAUUGUAGAUGAAAAACAUUUUAUCAUGAAUUUACUUUGAAACUUUAGAGGAGGUUUGAUUUCAAAUGGAAAAAAUACUAGUAGGUUAUAUGUCAGUUACUGACAUAUGUCCUACUAGUAUUUUCUCUUUGAAAUCAAACCUCUUCUAGAGUCAUACUGUAUGUUACAUGUCUUAAUAAAGGUUUUUGAUUGUCAAA